AUGAAUAAAUCACCAUUUUUACAGAAAUUCUUUGGCGGCUCUUCAGAGCUCGGCGAGCCUUUAUUGCCAACACAAACAAGUAGUAGCUGUAAAAGUCAACACCAAUCAGUAAAUAAAAACACAAAUUUGCCGCCACCGCCAAGGUGGUCGGCUGCGCCGAAUACUUUUAAUAAAACAACAACUGCAGUAAAUAGUGCAGAUUCAUUAAUUUUAGAACCUAAAAGAAGUAUAUCGCUUUAUUCUGACGUCAACGCAAUCGACUUUUCCCCUUCAAUUGAAUCUACUCAACAACCACUCUCAGUUUUCAACCAAAAUGGGAGACGUUCUACUUCCCCUUUGAGCGAUCGCCGAGUUGCUUUUCAAGAGAAUAAUAGAGGGACUGAAAGGGCAGCGUCAAAAGCAGAAACAUCAACAUUUAUAAACAUAGAAACAACCCAACAACAACAACCUCUAUCUCCCCAAAAAUUAACAAACUCCAACAGUAAUCUUUGCCUUCUCCAACCACCUCACCCCUCAACACAUUUUCAACCAAAAUUUCCUCGUUUAAAUAGUCAUCGCACCUCUGAAGUGCGCAAAAUGUCUAUUGUUGGGAAGCCUCUGGUUUACAAAAAUUAUAGAACCGAUCAACGCUUUAGGCGGGUCCAGUCUAAAAUGCACAAUUUUCUUGAGAGACCGAGAGGGUGGAAGGCAGCAAGCUAUCAUUUGGCCGUGUGA